CCGAGGUCUCGCUGCGCGCAGUAUAUGACAGUACGUCAGCCGCGGGAUGGCCGUAGCUGUGGCGGCGGCUGCAGAAGCCCGAGCAGCCGCGGCCGCAGUGGAGACUAGAGCCGGAGCGGCGUCGGCGGCGGCAGCCCGGGGAGUUUAAGAUGGCGGCAGGGGGGGCGGCGGGCCUGCGGGAAGAGCAGCGCUAUGGACUGUCGUGCGGACGGCUGGGUCAGGACAACAUCACCGUCCUGCAUGUGAAGCUCACCGAGACGGCGAUCCGGGCGCUCGAGACCUACCAGAGCCACAAGAACUUAAUUCCUUUUCGACCUUCAAUUCAGUUCCAAGGGCUCCAAGGGCUUGUCAAAAUUCCCAGAAAUGAUCCCAUCAAUGAAGUACAUACAUUUAACUUCUAUUUGUCAAAUGUGGGUAAAGACAACCCUCAAGGCAGCUUUGACUGCAUUCAGCAGAGAUUCUCCAGCUCUGGAGCCUCCCAGCUCAAUUGCCUGGGAUUUAUACAAGAUAAAAUUACAGUGUGUGCAACAAACGACUCGUAUCAGAUGACACGAGAAAGAAUGACCCAGGCAGAGGAGGAAUCCCGCAACCGAAGCACAAAAGUUAUUAAACCCGGUGGACCAUAUGUAGGGAAAAGAGUGCAGAUUCGGAAAGCACCUCAAGCUCUAUCAGAUGCAGUGCCUGAGAGGAAACGGUCAACCCCCAUGAACCCUGCAAAUACAAUUCGAAAGACACACUGCAGCAGCAGUGUUUCUCAGCGGCCAUAUAGGGACAGGGUGAUUCACUUACUGGCACUGAAGGCCUACAAGAAACCUGAGCUGCUGGCUCGACUGCAGAAAGAUGGUGUCAAUCAAAAAGACAAGAACUCUCUCGGAGCAAUUCUGCAACAGGUAGCUAAUCUGAAUCCUAAGGACCUCUCAUAUACCUUAAAGGAUUAUGUUUUCAAAGAGCUUCAGAGAGAUUGGCCUGGAUACAAUGAAAUUGACAGACGUUCAUUAGAGUUUGUGCUCUCAAAAAAACUAAAUGCAUCUCAGAAUGCUGCCAGCACCAGGCGUUCAGAAUCUCCUGUAUGUUCCAGUAGAGACAUUGCUUCUUCUCCUCAGAAACGGCUUUUAGAGUCAGAGUUCAUUGAUCCUUUAAUGAAUAAAAAAGCUCGAAUAUCUCACCUAACAAAUAGAGUGCCGCCAACAUUAAAUGGUCAUUUGAAUUCCACCAGUGAAAAAUCUGCAGGCCUCCUGCCGCCCCCUGCAGCUGCUGCCAUCCCCACCGCUCCACCACUGCCUUCAAACCACCUGCCCGCCUCCAACCCUCCUCAGACUGUAGAUUCUAACUCCAAUUCCCCUAGCACUCCAGAAGGCCGGGGGACUCAAGACCUACCUGUUGACAGUUUUAGUCAAAACAGUAGUAACUGUGAGGACCAGCAAGAUAAAUAUACCUCUAGGACUUCUCUGGAAACCUUACCCUCUGAUUCAGUUCUACUAAAGUGUCCAAAGCCUAUGGAAGAAAACCAUUCAAUGUCUCACAAGAAGUCCAAAAAGAAGUCUAAAAAACACAAGGAAAAGGACCAAAUAAAGAUACAUGACAUUGAGAUGAAUGAGGAAAAGGAAGAGGACCUUAAAGGAGAUGAGGAAAUUGCCAAGCUGAACAACUCCAGUCCAGAUUCCAGUGAAGGAGUUAAAGAGGGUUGCCCUGCCUCCAUGGAGCCUUCUUCAACAAUUGAACUCCCAGAUUAUUUGAUAAAAUAUAUUGCUAUCGUCUCCUAUGAACAACGCCAGAAUUACAAGGCUGACUUCAAUGCAGAGUAUGAUGAAUACAGGGCCUUGCAUGCCAGAAUGGAGACUGUAGCUAGAAGAUUUAUCAAACUGGAUGCACAACGAAAGCGCCUUUCUCCAGGCUCAAAAGAGUAUCAGAAUGUUCAUGAAGAAGUCUUACAAGAAUAUCAGAAGAUCAAGCAGUCUAGUCCCAAUUACCAUGAAGAAAAAUACAGAUGCGAGUAUCUUCAUAACAAGCUGGCUCAUAUCAAAAGACUGAUAGGUGAAUUUGACCAACAGCAAGCAGAGGCAUGGCACUAGAGCUCUGCUUGGACCAGAAGAUGUGAAUAAACUUAAGCUUAUUUAUUUAAAAUUCCAAAUGAGUUGCUCUAAGAUUCUAAAAAAGGAAACUUUGCCUGUUGAAAGUUUCAGUAUUUGUAAACUUGAGUUAACUAUUUUUUUUCUUUCUGUCCCCCUCCCACAACCCCUAAUUUCUUUGCCUCCCUGCAAUUUUGAAGCUGCUUUUUCUGGUCCUUCCCCACCCCCUCCCACCCCCCCCCCCCCCCGCCCCCCGUCAAGACUUGUGUUUGUCAAUAGAAGUAAAUUUUUUUAGAUAUUGGGGAUCCAGUAUCUAUACUUUAAAUCAGUUAUUUUUUCUUAUAAACUUGUUUGUAAUUAGCAAUGAUUUUUUUAGAUAUUGGGGAUCCAGUGUCUAUACUUCAAAGUUAUGUGUGUUAAAAAACAAACCAGUAAUGUGCAAGGUGAAAUGCGUUUGGAUAAACAUAAGCCUAUUUUCUGACCUUUCUUAAUGCAAACUCUUUGCCUUAAAUGGUAGAAUAUUUAGAAAUUUGCACAAAAUACAAAAAAAAUUAAAACAUUGUAUUGGAGGGUUAAGAAAUAAAAAGGUCUACGAGUAUGUAUAUGUGUGUAGCUACACAUACACACAUAUAUAUACAGGCUGACUUAAUCUAGAACAGUAAAGUGCCCUGCAAGUUAACCCCCCAUUGCAAUGGUUGCCUUAAGGUGUUUGCUAGUUAUGUACAUAGUGUGGUUAAUCAUUAGCUACACUGCUUCCCACCUGAUUGGAGCAACGGGAAGCACACUGUGGCCUACCAGCGUCUGAACGCGUGUGCGCGACCUGUGUGUGUGCAGAGGUGGUGUGGAUGUGAGCGUGCAUGAAGGAAAAAAAGCUGCUACUCUUAGUAGGCCAAACGCUCAGGUUAAACAACUGACGAGUGUUACUGUAGGUUUUUGUUUUUGUUCUUGUUUUUUGUUUUGUUUUUUUUUUGUCCAAUUGCUACUUCUAUUGUGAAAGACAAAAGCAUUUCCAUUUCAACUGUUUGUCAGCUUUGUCGUUGGGCAAAAUUGGUAUGUUAUGAAAAUGAAACAAAUCUAUAGUUUUGGGGCAAAAUUAUAAAAUUAAAUAUGUAGGUAAACUAUUUAUAUACUGCUAUAAAGUAUUUUUUGAGGAGAGAUGUGCAAAGAAGUUAUUACCUACAUGAAAUGUAUAUUUAAAGAUUUUUUUCUUCAUCCUGGGUGCCAGGAAUAUAAAAAAGAGUGGAUAUAUUUAACAAUAGCAUACUGUGAUUCAUCAAACAGCACAAACUUUCAGUUCAUGGAGUUUAUCUGUUGACGUUGAUUUAAACUAUCACUUGUUUUAUCAUGUGGGAACAUAAGUUAUGUCAAAAUGUAAGGAUUUUGAACUAAUGUUGAUUCAAGUUGUGUUGUCUUACCGUAUUGUCUUUUCAAAGUGCUGCCAGUUAAAAAGGGAAGCAUUAUGUUUACAAAUCUGUUUUGAAAUGUUUGCCAAAUUUUGGUAGUAUCUUUAAUAAAGAUGUUUGUCUCCAGCAUCCAAAAAUAAAUAACUCUGUUGUGUAUCACUGUAAACCAGGAAAAUGUUAUUAUCUAGAAAACCUGAGAGAGCAUGUAGAUGAACUUUCUCUUUGGAGUUCUUAGAUAAUGUAGAAGUACACAAACUUUACCAAGACUAAAACAAGACCCUCUACACUACAACUCUAUAACAUUAUUGCAGAAACUUAAUUUCUAUGUAGCAUGAACCUCUUGGGAAUUCGAUUUCUUUUAGCAUUGAGAUCCCUAGUGCUCUUCUUUUUUCCUCAGAAUUGGUACAAUCAUUAGUAAAUGUUAAUUGAUUUCAAACUUUCAAUUGCAAAAAAGAUAGGAAACUUAAUUGGGGGUAAAUUUGGUCCUCAUAUUAUUAUGGUGGAGUCUGCUGAGGGAUUUGUCUGUAGAUAAUGACCUCAUUGGUGUUUAAUCAAAGAUUGUGUGCUGCUAUUUGCUAUGAGUGGUGUUUCUCAAAAGCAAGGUGCUUGGACCACUUACAUCACCCAAAUUAGAAUCUCUGGGUAUAGGGCCCAGGUAGUCAUCCACUACCUGGUAUCCUCCAGGUGACCUGCAAGCUAAAGUAUGAGAACCAUUGGCUUGGAUGUAGUGCUAAACCUUAGGUCUCUAAAUCUCAAAGUCUUGAAGUUCAACUGUUGGCUUUUUUUUUUUUUAAACCACCUCUAUCAGCAGGUACACAUCACUUUUUCCUCAAGAUGAGAGGCACCUUCUCAAUUGUUUCACUGCCAACUCUUAUUUCAGAACUUGUUUACAGACAAGUCUUCUAGUUAGGUAAUUGUUAGCCCUUAGAGUUCCUACCCACCCACAUCUGCACAUCUUCUGGUUUACAAAUUGGGUAAUAGAAGCUGGAGAUGCUUUACAAAAAUCCAGCACUGCAUACCCAUAGACUUGACCACAAACCUAUAAAAGCCUUAAUUUAGACGUUUAUUGUGUACCAUGGGCAGAUCCUUAUAAAAUGUGUAUCAGUUAUAAAUCUCUGACUCUGCUGCUACCUGAGGCUGCAUCUCUUUUGAAGACAGGCAUAAGCCUAUUAAAAUAUAUCAUUUUUCAUAUCCUACUGUUAGAUUUUUAGAUACUUUCAAGUCAUUGCUGCAGGAGUGUGUGAUCACUUAGUUACUUUGGUCAAAGAAUCUAUUCAGUUUUUUUGAAAGACACAGUGUAAAAGAGCAUUGUCAAGAUGAGAGAGGGAGUUAUGUUUUCAUCACAUUUCAUGUAAAAUAAUUUGAAGCAUUCUUGAAGAUUUUUACCAACACUCAUAAAUUGACUCUAAAUUGAAUGAGCAGCUAAUUUAAUAUAAACCAAAAAGAACAUUAAUUAGGUGUGGUUUUGUUUUUUUAUGUGGGGAUUUAAUUUCCUAUCUUCUUGGGUUUUAUUUCUCAAGGAGUAACUUAAAGAGUUAAACUUUCACCUCUAGUGGUAGAUGUUAGGACUGGCUCUCUCAAAAGUAAUUGGUGUGGUCAGUUUCUAUCGUUGCUCCAUUCAUUGAUUCCAAAAAUUCAGUAUUUUCAUUCAUCUCUGAUGGAUCUUUUAACUGUUAGAGGAGUUUUCUUUUCCCUUAAAGUAUUUCACUUUAUUAUGAAAAUAAAUGCAUACUUGCAUGUUGGAAGCAAGAUGUUGAAAUGAGGUUUAGCCACAAAUGGUCCAUUAAUUCCAACACUGCUUGGUUGCCGUACCUCUUGCAUUACUUUGUUCUUUGCUCCUGGAACUUGUCUGAAACGUUUUAGCCAGUUCAUUGUCUUUCUGGCAGGGUGAGUGUUAUCAUGUGUGCUUGGUAUAUGCCUUUACUACUUCUGAAGUGCUUACAGUUUAUUACUUCCCCAAGUGUUACUAAAUCCUUUUAUUACAUGUACCAGAUUGGGGAAAAUUUAUAACCAGCACUUUGAGAGGAACAUGUUGGGAAAGGAUAUUUAAUGGACACUGUUAAAUGGAGGCAACAGGAGAUAUUAUCCAUUUUCUUUGUAACCUAAAAACCUGAACAAGGCUGUGAGGCUCGUUUCAAAACAUUUUGAAGUGUUAAAAAUUUAUAUACACACACACACACACACACACACACACACACACACUGUUUCUCAGUUACAUCCAAACCAUGUUAGGACUCUCAAAGGUAAAAUGUCACAGGGACUUUUCAGUUGUUACUGAGCUCAGCAGCUGUAGUGGCCCCUGUUAUUCUACACCAAUUUCAGUUCAAUAAAAAUGUAAACAUUG